GGCAUGAUUUGUAAGACUUGAUGAAAAUUUUCACUUCACAUGGCUCAAACUUGAACCUGCAUUUUGAAAUUCCAGGGAGCAAAAUAUGAACAAGUUUCCCAUAUACCCAAAAUAUGAAGGUGGGGACUAUUGUGGCUACGAGUUUGAUCCUCACACAGACUUUACGGAUUUCUUGUCAGAAGCGAGAAAGCAUGUAUCUGAAGUGAAACUCAGUGCUACACCUCCACGUUCUGUGGAACUGAGAAACAACAAUUUUGGAAAUGAUGUUAAGAAAACUUGCAAGAAGUCAUGGAAAAGCUCUCUGUUUUCAUGGCUGAAGACUGAUAAGAAGAAGAAUCAGGGGAGCAGAGAAACUUCAAAAGGCUCUACCAUUAACAAGCUGAAGCGUGGAUGUGUCUCUGGUCCAUUGCCGGGGAUCAGCGGGCCAGGUACUAUAGCUGGAAGGCCCAAUAAGCCUUUAUCUGGGCCCUUAACAUAUCUGUUCAGUCCAAUGAACAGAGUGGACAAUGAAAUACCUUAUCUCUGUCUUCACAAGGUUAAGAAUAGUACUCCUGAUGUUCAAUCUUAUGGACCUGUUUAUCUGGUAACUUAAGAUUGCAAAAGGGUAGGUUUAAUUUAGCAGAGACUACAGGUAU